AUGUCUGGCAUACCCUACUGGGCACAGGACAUCGGUGGUUUCUUCCGACCAAAAGAUCAAUACACUUCUGAUGACUAUCGCAGACUUUUGAUUCGCUGGUUUCAGUUUGGAGUCUUCACGCCGAUCUUCCGGGUCCACGGAGCCGGGAGUCACACGGAAAUCUGGAACUUCGGGAACACCACCAUGGACAUCAUCAACAUCUCUGCUAUUACUCUGAGAUACCGGCUCCUGCCCUAUGCAACUCCAGAUCAUGUGCUGGUUCAAUUUUACGAUGUCUAUUCUGGGUUUUGGCGCGUGGAAGCGCAAGCCUACACGAUGCAGCGAGCGUUGACCUUCGAUUUUCCUGAAGAUGCGGCAGCACGGCGCAUCGCGGAUGCUUACAUGUUUGGACCCUCCCUGCUGGUGACUCCGAUUGUUUCGGCCGGAGACUCCGGUAAGGCGACUACAAGGGAGAUUUACUUCCCGCAAGGCAGUUGGAUUAAUUUCCACACCGGAGAGCAGUAUGGAGGAAUGCAAAAUGUGAGCUUCACUUUGCAGCAAGCUCCUUUCUUCUGCCGCAAGGGAUCCCUCCUGGUUCUUGGGCCCAGCAUCCAGUCGACAGCUGACACGAAUCCUGAUCUGGAAGUCCGCAUUUACCCGGGAGCAGAUGCAACCUUGGCUUUAUUUGAGGAUGACGGCUCUUCUACCAAAUACCGCGAGGGCAGCUACUCGACCAUAGAUUUUGCGUGGCAAGACAGCAGCCAGACGCUCCGAAUUUCCAGCAGGAAAGGCGCUUACCCCGGCAUGCCGCAAGCAAGACGGAUCUGUGCUGUGGUCGUUUCGCCUGGCCAUGGUGUAGGCGUUUUCCAAUCAAGCUGUGAUCGGCAAGCUACGUAUGCUGGAGAGGAGAUCGCGAUUCAGUUCCAUAGCUCGAUUGUGGUGUAG